AGCAUUACGGCGGAAUACCGCCAUGUCGAGCAUGGCUUGUGAAAAAGAAAAGGUAUACAUUCGAGCGUAGCGCGAAACUGCCCGCUUUCUAUCGGUAUUUACAUGGUUGCUUUGCUUUUCGGGAGAAAUUUCGACUUUCUUUAGCAUAGCAUACGUGGCCUUGCCCAGGUGAGUCCGUCCAGGAUCGGCCAGUGGCAGCAGAGGCGGCCGGCUCCUGAAAGGCGCCGGCUGCGGCCGCAUCUGGCCGCAUGGACGACGUCGAGGCAGCCGAGCAGCCUUCCGUGCAGGGCAUCCGAACGGACUCUGGGCGGCUUCUGCAUGUCGCUUUUGCCGGGGCCUUUACCUGCUCUUUAUGUUGGCGCUGGUCGGCGCCGCUGUGGCCGUGCUCGUGCUCUGGGCACCGCCCACACCGACACAGGUCUUCCUGGGCGCCGUGCUUUUCGCCCUAGGCGGCUGCUGUGGCCUGGUCUUCGUGAGCUGGGACAGCGUGGUGCGCUCGACGCGCCUCGGCUGCUGUUGCAUCUAUGCGACGUCAGUGGUAUUCUGCGCCGGCCUGCUAGGUGCCGGCUCCGUGCUGGCGCAGCACACGCCACGCUAUGUGCGCGAGGAUGGCAUAGUUUUUCUUGGCCUAGGCCUGCUCGGUCUGCUCUUCGUGGCGCUGUACGCACUGGCCGGCCGCCGCGCCGCUGAACGCUCGCGUCAAGACCGAGGAUCCUUUCUGGGGCAGCUGACGUCGUGCUCGCGGCUCAGUUCCAGCUAGGCGGCCGUUGAGCUAUGCAAGUCACUUUUCACGGAGAACCGCUCAUUUGCGCCUCAGCGCCUGCAAGAGGACGAGUCCGCCUCCAAUAAGGUGGUGAUGCUGUGCGUGCUGCGCUCCGAGGCUGAUGGUGCCAAGACUGUCACCUUUGUGGAGCCCUCCGUAGAGGAUCUUGAAGGACUGAAUUCCUCUGCUCCAGUGGCACAAGACUGCGAAUGUUUGCCGGAUGCCGAGCCAUUGCACGAUGCCCAGUCUCUGGCAACCAGCCAGUCGCCAGCAGCCACUGAAACGUUGCCAAGCACCUCGUCCUCAACGCACGAAUCGUCCGAUCCGCCUGUGGCCUAAAGCGUCAUUCACACUGACGUUUGCGGAAUCGGUUUGGCGGUGUCAGCCCGCGCAGACGACUCACGUAUGCAGCGUAGAGAAGUGUUCCUCGUCAAAGAGUGCCUUGCUUACACGAAAUGGUGGAGCUCAUAACGUAGCAGCAACAGCAGGUUCAACGCUUCCAUCGCCAAUCUCACUGAAUGAACUCUCGUUCUAGUUUGCAACGCCUGUAGGAGAUCCGAAUACUUGUUGCGUAUAUUCAUUUCGUUUAUUACCACUGAGGCGCUGUAAAUGGCGACGCGUCUGCCGUGUCCGCAAACGUCAUU